UUCGUUUAGUCUCCUAACGGCUUCAAUUCUCACGCACAUUAACGGUCAUGCUGGUCGUGGCCGAAUGUAUUUAAAGAUUUACGAUUAUUGCAUUAGAUAUAGUUUUAAUAUUAUGGCGCCUACAAAACACGACGCAGAUAAGGAAAACGUACAUCGAACUAGAAUACCAUUACCGAAAGAUCCAUUGCCUGCGCUGCCGAAACGUCUGUUGGUGGAUAGCAAGGGAAAUCAAAAGCAACCCAUUGCUCCACUAAGAAGUGCAUUGAGGCCUUUGAACACACAGAGUCAACCAAAACCUGGUCCAAGUAAAGUGGUUCCUCAACAUUCAAAGCCGUCUUUUACAAUUGACGCGAAGCAUGUGACACUAAGGCAAAGAGAAGGCAACUCAGACUUUCACUACACUGUCUUCAGAGACAAGCAUGUGGUAAGAAAUCCAAGUAUCAUAAGUAUUAGCGAUGAUGAGAACGUUGAAAAAGAAAAUCCGCGUUAUUGUGUUGAGAAUAAAAAGAAAAAUAAUUUGGGUGCCGGAUUGAGUGCAGUUACUCCGCAUUUGGAAGCUAACUUGGAGUCUAAUCGUAUUAGAAAUAUUAAGAGGAGUCUUAAAAGACCACAUAGCAGGGAGCUGCAGGGUUUGUCUCCACCUCCUGCAAAACCUGGCAAAUUCGAUGAGAAUGUGAAACGCCGUUUGCAAUUCAAGGAACGUUUGGUCGACAGAUUGGAUACGCCUGAUUACUGGAAGAGAUCGUAUAUGCAAUGCUUGAACCGGGACUAUACACUCGAUGUGUUUGAUUAUCUUCUGGCUGUGGAAUGCAAGCCCUUGGAUUUGCCCCGAACUUCUAGCAUCACGAGAGCUUGUGUCAUCAAUUGGCUUAUUAAAGUUAAUGGUGCCGACGGCAAUCCAGCAAUCAUACAAGCAGCAUGUUGGUACUUGGAUUCGAUCCUGGGCACUGGCCACGUUCAGCUCAAUAAGCUACAGCUGGUAGCAGCAGCUUGCUAUUGGAUAGCUCAGAAAGUCAAUGGCCCUUACGUUUCGGCUACGAAGCUCGUCAAAUACUCGAACAACGCGUUCACGGCUCCUCAACUGUUGGCUGCUGAAAAAGCUAUUCUGAUACGAUUGAAGUUUCCCCGCCAACCAGUGGUAGCCCAAGACUACAUAACCUACCUAUCCUGGUGGUGCGACAGCCAGAACGCUGGUGAGAUCGAGGUAGCCGCCACGUUCCUCGCCACUUGUGGUAUCAUGGUGGACCGUCACCUAUGUGAUGAGUACCCAUCGGUCAUCGCUGCGGCUGCUGUCAGAAAUGCACUUCUGCUGUUGGAAAAGGCGGAUAGAAUGCAAAGACUGAAAAUGUGUACCAUAUACCAGGUAGCAGAGACGAAAGCAGCAGAUUUCCCUCUAACUUGUUCUAUCUUACGUCGAGCGGUACGAACAGUGGCUGCUCCUGUCUUCGAGUAUAAGGCUCCAUUGGAACACUUCAGUAUGGCCCCGGGUCGCAUCGCCCAGAGGGUUAUAACUGCUGCCAAUGAAUUUGCCGUGCUAGAUGCUAGGAAUACUGAAGGGCGUUAGGUUAAUAUUUUUUUUAUGUAGAAUAAAUUAUGUCUAGUAUUAAGUGGUUUGGCGUUAUA